AUGGAAAAUCAAGAUAAAAUAGUGAAACUACCUUUUAAAGAAUCUAAAUUAAUACCAGAUAAAUACUUGGAGAUAUCCCGGGAAUCAAUAGAAGAUAUUGAAUAUAAUGAAGAAAAGGAAACCUUUUCCUAUAAUCCUGAGCUUCCAAGUAAUAAUUUUACUAUUCCAUUUAGAAAUGUAGAUGAUAUUCCUAAAGAUUUAUUCAAUCCUCUACUAACUAAAAAGAUAACUUUACGAAUGCCUCUCAAUGAAGGAAAUUAUGUUAGAGAAACAACACAUACAUACAGCAUUGAGUCGUUAUAUAGACCAUAUCAAAUGAUUAAUAUUCAAGAUUCAUUAAAAUAUAUAGAUACUCUUACUAGAGACGUUUGGGAUGAAUUUAUCUCAAAAAAACAAAAUUAUUUGUAUACAAUUAAAGAUUGCAAUUUAUUUGAUGAACUCCUAAGAGAUUUUGAUGUAAAGAAAUAUACAAAGGGAAGAAAGCUUCCUACUACUCAAAUAACUUUUCAUGCAAAUUAUAGAUGA